AGGCGGGGGCCGGGAGGAGGAAGAGGAGGAGGCGGAGGCGGGCGCGGUGUCGGCGGCGGCGGCGGCGGAGGGGGGUAGGUUGUGCCCGGGACUGUGUCUGCCGAGCUCGGCGGCUGUGCCUUGGUGAGUUGAGGAGCGGCCCGGGGAGGCAGAGGCGAGCGCGGGCGAUCGCGGCGGCGGGACGUCUCCGGCGGCCGCGGCACCAGCGGUGGCGCUCUGGGUGGAGAAGCAGGGGCAGCGGCAUCAGCAACAGCGGCAGCGGCAGCAGCAGCGGCAGCAGCGGCGGCCGCCUCUCCGCCGCCGGGGACGCCAAGGUGCGGCUGGUGGCACUGACAUCGGCGGCCCUGCCUCUCCUCCCUCGCCCCCGGCCUUCCCCAUGUGAUCGGUCUUAAUCCUGGCCGUGUGUGCGCGCGUGGGGCUCCAUUCCGCGGUGCUGGGUCUCCGUGCCGGGGUGGGUGCUCGUGUGUGCGCUUCUCCUCCCCAUCCCCCUUCCCCCAAGAAUAAAAGAAGAACCGGGAGGCGUGCUCAGAAAAUAAAUAAAUAACCACCACACACGCGCAGCCCGGAGCGAGUCGGCGGGGCUGGCGGCAGCGGCGGAGGAGGAGUGAAGGCGGCGGCGGAGGAGGAGGGACGCGCGGAAAAGGCAGCAACUUUAAAGCCAGCUCAGAGCCUAGACCUCCAGCCGAGCGGUUUGCAGCGCGGCGGCGGCGGCGGCGGCGGCGUUGAGUGUCUGGCCCGCCGGUCCGGUCGGGGUGUGCAGUUGGACGGACGAGCAGCGCGUCGCUGUCCUCCGGCAGCUGGAGAUGUCCGAGCCCAAGGCAAUUGAUCCCAAGUUGUCGACGACCGACAGGGUGGUGAAAGCUGUUCCAUUUCCUCCAAGUCACCGGCUUACAGCAAAAGAAGUGUUUGAUAAUGAUGGAAAACCUCGUGUGGAUAUCUUAAAGGCACAUCUUAUGAAGGAGGGAAGGCUGGAAGAGAGUGUUGCAUUGAGAAUAAUAACGGAGGGUGCAUCAAUUCUUCGACAGGAAAAAAAUUUGCUGGAUAUUGAUGCGCCAGUCACAGUUUGUGGGGACAUUCAUGGACAAUUCUUUGAUUUGAUGAAGCUCUUUGAAGUCGGGGGAUCUCCUGCCAACACUCGCUACCUCUUCUUAGGGGACUAUGUUGACAGAGGGUACUUCAGUAUCGAAUGUGUGCUGUAUUUGUGGGCCUUGAAAAUUCUCUACCCCAAAACACUGUUUUUACUUCGUGGAAAUCAUGAAUGUAGACAUCUAACAGAGUAUUUCACAUUUAAACAAGAAUGUAAAAUAAAGUAUUCAGAACGCGUAUAUGAUGCCUGUAUGGAUGCCUUUGACUGCCUUCCCCUGGCUGCCCUGAUGAACCAACAGUUCCUGUGUGUACAUGGUGGUUUGUCUCCAGAGAUUAACACUUUAGAUGAUAUCAGAAAAUUAGACCGAUUCAAAGAACCACCUGCAUAUGGACCUAUGUGUGAUAUCCUGUGGUCAGACCCCCUGGAAGAUUUUGGAAAUGAGAAGACUCAGGAACAUUUCACUCACAACACAGUCAGGGGGUGUUCAUACUUCUACAGUUACCCGGCUGUAUGUGAAUUCUUACAGCACAAUAACUUGUUAUCUAUACUUCGAGCCCACGAAGCCCAAGAUGCAGGGUACCGCAUGUACAGGAAAAGCCAAACAACAGGCUUCCCUUCUCUAAUUACAAUUUUUUCAGCACCAAAUUACUUAGAUGUAUACAAUAACAAAGCUGCAGUAUUGAAGUAUGAGAACAAUGUUAUGAAUAUCAGGCAAUUCAACUGUUCUCCUCAUCCAUACUGGCUUCCAAAUUUCAUGGAUGUUUUUACUUGGUCCCUUCCAUUUGUUGGGGAAAAAGUGACUGAGAUGCUGGUAAAUGUCCUCAACAUCUGCUCAGAUGAUGAACUAGGGUCAGAAGAAGAUGGAUUUGAUGGUGCAACAGCUGCAGCCCGGAAAGAGGUGAUAAGGAACAAGAUCCGAGCAAUAGGCAAAAUGGCCAGAGUGUUCUCAGUGCUCAGAGAAGAGAGUGAGAGUGUGCUGACGCUGAAAGGCUUGACCCCAACUGGCAUGCUCCCCAGCGGAGUACUUUCUGGAGGAAAGCAAACCCUGCAAAGCGCUACUGUUGAGGCUAUUGAGGCUGAUGAAGCUAUCAAAGGAUUUUCACCACAACAUAAGAUCACUAGCUUCGAGGAAGCCAAGGGCUUAGACCGAAUUAAUGAGAGGAUGCCGCCUCGCAGAGAUGCCAUGCCCUCUGACGCCAACCUUAACUCCAUCAACAAGGCUCUCACCUCAGAGACUAACGGCACGGACAGCAAUGGCAGUAAUAGCAGCAAUAUUCAGUGACCACUUCCUGUUCGCUUUUUUUUUUUUUUUUUUUUUUUUUUUUUUUUGAGCUGCGGGGCAUGAUGGGGAUUGCUGCAUAUCAGCAGUUGGAUGUUCUUGCCUCUGACAGUAGCUUAUUUGCUCUGGGGGCCAGGAAUUGGAUUCAGUUUACACUAUCAUUAAAAAAGAGGGAGAGAGAUAAUAAACUAUAUUUUGGUGGGGAUGGUGAUUAAACACCUCUUUUGGGUAUGCCUUUUAAAAAUGCUUAUAGAGGAAAAAAAUUUAAAAAAGAAAGCUAACGCUAGUAUAUACUGCAAUGUUAGGGGAAUGAACAUGUUUUCCUACUGCAUUGGGGACUUCUAGAUAGGUUAAUGAAAGGCCUUUUAUUCUGUUACUGGACAUGAAAACUUUGUCUAAUUUCUUACUCUAUUGUACGUUUACAGUCGCAGCACUAAAAAUGGAUGACAUCAAACAUUUUUAACAAAAUGAUGUACAAACUAAGGACUAUUUAUUGAUAAUGUUUUGCUACUCUUGUCAGACAAUGGCUAUAAACUGAAUUAGGCAGUCUUAAAAAAAAAAAAAAAACAGAAAAAGAAAAAAAAGAACGUUGCAAAUUUGUUAAAAUGCCAAAAAGGACAGUUUAAUUUUGUACAGAUUAUGCUUACCUCAGGUUUCUUUAGUGUGCUUGAAUGCCCUUCUUUCCAUAUAACAACACUUAUCUUAUUAAUUUGGCAAUGGAAUAUCUUCUUUUCUUUAAGUUUUAAAAAAACUGGAAUAAUUAUAUCUAUCUUUUUUGCUGUUUAUGUUUAGGGGUUUUUGUUGAUAAAAUCAAGUCUUGGUUGUGGCUUGCUGAAUUAAAUAUUUAUGAGUGGUGCAUUUUUAAGUAUAGUGAACAAGACACCAUAUUAAGUACAGUGAUAAAGCAUCUAUAUUCUGUAAAAAAAAAAAAAAAUCUGCCUAUGCAUGUUUUUUAAGAAAAAAAAAAAAAAUGGCUGUAUCGGCCUGUAUGGGACUGUAAUGCGCUUAGUGGUCUGACAUAUACUGGAAAUGUAUGUAUACUGGCGUACUUUAUAUUCUCUAAAAUGCUUAAUGCCUUUGAAAUUUUGUAAUCAAAAAAAAGCUUUGAAAAAAUCUAAAGGGGAGAGUAUUCUUUAAAGUUUUUAACAUAAGCUUGUCAGUGCACAUGUAGAUGGUUAGCAUGUUUAGCAAACCUUGUGAAAUUAUAAUAAGUUUGUAGUUACAUGUGAAACUCUAAAUGCAUGGUAACUGUUAAUGUCAUAACAGUUUAGUUAUUUUGUUCUGUUCUGUCAUGUGCCACAAAAUAUGUACUUUUUUCACCUUUUUCCCUUUGUAUAUCAGUUACGGGUUACAACUGGUUCAUUCUGAAAACAACAACAACAAAAGUCCAUUCAUAUUUUUUAACAAUUGUAUAAGUGCCCAAGUAAUUCACUACAGCCUAAAGCCUUGCCUUUGUAAUUUGACUUCUGACAUGUUGGCAAUCAAAGCAUGCACUUGUAACAAUGAAAAAGAAAAAGCAUUUUAUAUUACUACUCAAUAAAAUGUGCAUGAACUUACAGAAUUCUCAUCCUUCCACUGAGUCCGCUGAAGGGAUUUAUGUGCACAACCACCAUGUGACUUCUAGGUGCUGGCCCACCACCACACAUCACAGGCUGAUUUCCACAGGCUUCUUCCUAGGGGCCUCGUGAUCUGAGGGGUGGUGCCUACUUCCACUGUAAGAAUCUUGGUGGAUUUGUGUCUCAAAUCAGAUAAGAGAAGUCUAUUUAAAGAGCAGAUGCCAUCUUCUGGCUUCCUCAAGGAGCCAGUUAAGAAACCAGAGCAUUCCUUUUUAUUGAAAAAUAAAAUUAAUUUGUUAUCAGGUUGUUUCAGUUGUAUUGGAUGCCCUAUCUGCUAAAGCAAAAAGUACUAGGCUACUAAGUGCAUUUUCAUCACAGAAAAGAGUUGCAUUUGUAUUAAUAAGAAAUUUGUAUACCCACGCUUCAGCUACUAUCUAAUCACCCGAAGAUUUAAGAUACACCAAAUUUCAGUUUGUUUGUAACAUUGUUCAUCUUUAGUGCACUUUGUUUUAUAUAAUAAAGUAUGCCUGUUAUAUUAAAUAAUAAGAAUAUGGCAAUUAAUUAGCGAUAUAGCAUACCCAAACAAAGACGUUCUAGAUAUAGUCUGGCAAAGACUAUCCCAAGUUUAUUUUAAUGAAUUCAGACAUUUUUUCCUGUGGAUAUUUCUCCAUCCUAAAAAAAAGUGGCAACCAAGGAAAAUAUUUAGAUGCAACUUACUAGAAUGAUGUGAAAGAAAUGGUGAUUCUGGUAUCACGGUGUUUGUUUUCUUUCUUAUAACUGCAGAGAAAAUAUCCUGACUAAAAAAAAUUCAUUUUUUUGGAUUCCUUUCUUUUACAAAUUGUGCUGAGGCAACUAUGGCAUAGAAAUAAACAUUUGACAUUAAAAUAA